AUGAAUUCUAUCAAUGAUACUCAGUUCCAUCCCCCAUUUUUUCUUCUGCUAGGAAUACCAGGGCUGGAAAAUGUUCAUAUCUGGAUAGCUUUCCCAUUCUGUAUUGUGUACCUGAUUGCCCUUGUGGGAAACAUCCUCAUAAUUUUUGUGAUAAAAACGGAACAUAGUCUCCACCAGCCUAUGUUCUACUUUCUAGCAAUGUUGUCUAUGAUUGAUCUGGGUCUCUCCACCUCCACCAUCCCCAAAAUGCUGGGAAUCUUCUGGUUGAACCUCAGAGAGAUCAGCUUUGGGGGUUGUCUUGUUCAGAUGUUCUUUAUACAUGUGUUUACAGGCAUGGAAACAGUUCUCCUGGUGGCCAUGGCUUAUGAUCGUUUUGUGGCUAUCUGCAAACCCCUUCAGUACACCAUAAUCCUCACCAAUAAAACCAUCGGAAUCCUAGCUUCUAUUGUUGUUGGAAGAAAUUUAAUUCUUGUGACUCCAUUUGUGUUUCUCAUUCUGAGGCUACCCUUCUGUGGGCAUCACAUCAUCCCUCACACAUACUGUGAGCACAUGGGUAUCGCCCGAUUGGCUUGUGCAUCCAUUAAAAUCAACAUAAUCUAUGGGCUCAUGGUAAUUUCUAAUAUUGUUGUCGAUGUGAUUUUAAUUGCUUCUUCCUAUGUGCUUAUUCUUCAAGCUGUUUUUCGUCUUCCAUCACGCGAAGCCCGACUAAAAGCUCUCAAUACCUGCGGUUCUCACGUCUGUGUCAUGCUAUGCUUCUACACACCAGCAUUUUUUUCUUUCAUGACUCACCGCUUUGGUCGAAACAUCCCUCGAUACAUCCACAUCCUUUUAGCAAAUCUAUAUGUGGUUAUCCCACCUGCUCUAAAUCCAGUCAUCUAUGGAGUGAGGACCAAGCAGAUACGAGAGCGGGUUGUAAGAAUAUUUGUACAAAAGGAAUAG